AUGGGACCUUCAAUAUUCUCACGUCCGCCUCACGGCACAGCCUCAGUAUCAGUGUCGAUAUCCGACGCAUCGCAGCCUCGUCCUUCCAUGCAGAAUCAACGUCAAAAACUCAAAUCAAUCUCAUCAUUGUUUCCUUCAUUCUCAAAUCAGACAAACGAGUCGGAAUCACAUUCAGAAUCAAAAUCAAAAUCAAAAUCAGCAUCGGAAUCGGAAUCGCAUGUCAUCCCGUAUCGUCAACCGAUAUAUGAUGGAUUACCAAUGAAAUCAGGUUUCAGUGAUGGUGUUGGUGGUGGUGGAGGUGGUGGAGGUGGUGGUGGUGGCAUUGGUGGUGGUAUUGGUAAUGGGAGUACGAUCUCAUUACCGCUAAACAUCAUUUCACCUAAUAUCAAUAUGAGUGGAAACGCUUCUUCACCUUCUCUAGUGGUUGGCAUUCAAAAUAACAGAGAAGGAAUAACAUACACAAGUCUUAAUUUACAAGCUCAAUUGUCUAAAGAAAUUCCAACUUUAGCUUCGGCCAUUCACAUUCCAGAUUUCACAUCCAAUCCAAAUCCAUCCUCCAAGCGAAGUGCCGUGGAUUCGACCCAAUUACAACAACAUCAACAACAGCAAAAAACACAUCCGUUGUAUCACAUGAACCAAAGUUCGACUUCCCUGCUUGAUACCUACGUUCAGAUUGACUCAGUCGAUGAUACAAGCAGGCAUGCCGGAGGCGGCAGUGGUGGUGGCGGUGGCAGUGGUGGUAGGGAAAGAAGUGAUUCAAGAGCGAGUAACGGAACGGUCACAAAAAGAAGAAUGUCAAGAAGAUUAUCAUUGGAAAAUCUCGUUCCUAAAUUUACAGGCUCAUUAAGGAAGAGAGAAAGAUCGGAUAGUAAAAGUGCCAUUAUCACAAAUAACGGGAAUGACGCCAACGAAAAUGGUAGAAGAUGGUCAUUAUUCUCUUCAUCAAACUCUGAUCUUAAAGCAACCCAAAAGCAACAACAAGUACAACAGCACCAACAAGAAGCUGUAAAUGCGAAAGCUGUUCAACAGAACCAAAUGACGAUGCGUAUGCCUGUUACUCGUAAUUGGAGAAAUAAGUUUGCUGUAGGUAAGAACCCAAAUUCGAAUCAUAAUUCGAAUACAGUAACAACAGCAGCGGCGGUAGCUGCUGCUAGACUAGAAGCUGCGCGACAAGCCAGAGACAGAUCAAGAGCGGAAUCAGCAGAAGCUAGAGAAAGGUAUGAUGAGAGGACUAUCAGAAGAAUCCCUGUAAGAGGUACUAAAGAUUUACAUGGAGAUCGUGAAGAAAGCCUUAUUUCAAAGGUGAAAGAGAAACAGAGUAUGACAAGUAUGGAUGGAUCUAAGGAAAGGGAGAGUAACGCAACCAGGUUAUCAUUUAUCCACCGACCACCUUCUUCAGCAGAUUCAUUCGAUCCAGCCGCCACACCGAAAUCCACGACUUCGAUCCCGUUCGUUCCUACUGGUCCAUCAAUACCUUUUCCAGAAAGCACAACGGCCACUUCUUUGGCGGCGACGAUCGAUUCACCAUCUCCACUUCCUCGUCCAGUACACCCAAUUCAUACACCUCUCAAUCGAGCUAAUGGACUUAUGGUACCAUUUACCAAAAGAGAAGAGAUGUUUUCCCCGGCUCAAGAUGAUAGAUCAAUCCUUGAUCCUGCAAGAUCACCUGAUCCAAACCCAGAUGCCUCUCCUUUAGUACCAUUAUUACCUCAUGUGAUAUUUCAGUCAUUACCACCGCAUCCACUAAAAGAGAUGAUGUUGGGCAAUAACAAGGAAAUCCAAAAGAGAAAAUCAACUGCAAGGCUCAAUGACGCUUUUACUAAAAUGAGAGAUCUCACAAUAACAGGCAGCGAUUCUCAAGAUAGCUUGAACGAAGUCACCAGUGCACCUCAAACCAAUCACACAUCCGUCAAUGAUCGAAAGCUCGUCAGACAAAGAGAUGCCAUGGAUCUGUCAAGUCUAAAUCAAAGCUUGGAUGAAAUCAAGGCUCAGAUUACUGCUCAAAUAGCACAGCCGGCUGAUUUGACAAUCACUGCUCAACCGAGUCAUACCGGUACUUUUGGAGCAGUCGACUCUUCAGAAAGCUGGAAGACAACAUCUAAUUCGCCGCCUCCACCAUUGCCCAGCUCCUCAUCUUCCAAAACGUUGUAUACCCUACCCAGAUCAAAAUCAAAGUCUCAUACUGAUCUGUCUUCUUAUUCGUCUUCUAAGAACCUCGUUGAUCACAUUGAGGCUACUCAAGGUCCAGGAUGGUGGUCUACUGAUAAACGGAUCACAAGAAGAGUUUCUUCUAGAACACUGGAUAUUGGAAGGAAAAAGGAAGACGACGAAGAGAUUGAAAGACUUGAGAGGAUAGCCCAAUCGACUACAUUACCGCAUCGAUCCAAAUUUCCCGAAAGUGAUGGUGAAGGAAUGCUUUCACCUACUCUAGGUGAUGAGGAAGAGAUAAUGAGGCCUAGAUCGUCCCUUGAUCUGAGAUCAAAUUCUCCUUUUAGGCCAUCAAGCGGUUUAGGCGAGAGUACUAGAUCAACAAUCAAUGAUCAGCAAAAUACAGCGAGAACCUCAUUGAUGGCAGGAUCGGUAUGGUCGAAAGAGAAGGGAUCAGUUCUCAUUCCAGCUUCACCAAGAAGAACCGUUCUAACUAAACAAUCUACUUUAUCUCUACUUUCAAUUCAUGGUUCAAAUGAAACACCCACUAAAAUCAGACCUGCUCAAAUACCUUUACCUCCAAGCGAUCCGAGGCCCGGUUCCAACUCUAUUUCGCAUUCGACUUUAGGUCCUUUUGUGAACAAUCGUAUAAGUCCUGAUAUAGCCAGAAGAGCAAGUUUCCUCAAUCGAUCCACAGCCACCAUUCCUUUCACUACCACCUCGAAUUCAAAUAUAGAAAUUGAUUCGCCUUCAAGGUCAACUUCCAGACAGACUACGAGAAAUAGUCUCUUAUCUAACUCUACUGCGCCAACAUCCCUUCCAUCCGAUUCCGAUCAGGACGAUUCGCCUACCACUGCAUCGAGCGAAGUUCAGAGUGAAUUUGAAGCAAAAAUCACACAUCUGAAGUCGAGACAUGCUUUAGAGCUUGAUGCUGUCUUAACGGCAUUGAGUACGAGUAAGAACGAAAACAGGGGUCUGAAAGAAGAGAUUUCAAAUCUUACCAAGCUACUUUCAGAAGGUGUACAAGAACGUGAGAAGUUGAAAGAGAAGGUCAAAUUUCUGUUUAAUAGAGGAUCAGGUGGUAUCAAACGAUCCAACUCAAUGAUCAGUACUGAUCACUCGGAAUUCGAAUUGGGUUCUUCACCUUCAAGGGAAAGACAGAGGGAAACCAAUGAAGUUCAGAAUGGAAUAGACGAAUUUGGUAGAAGACCUUUACCUGCUUUACCUAUUGCUAUCGAGAAAAAAGGAGGAAUGUCAGUUUUAAGUAAAGGAAGAAGAAUAGUUUCAGGUGGCACAGACGUACAAGCAAGAAAUGUGACGACUAGUACGAUGGAGAGCAACGUUCUUUAUGAACCUGAAGAUGAUAGACAAGAUGAACAAGAAGGUUGGACUUUGCGAUUGAAGGAGGCCGACGAGAGGUUCUUAGAUGAUUUAUAG